AUGCACGACUUGCGUCUGAAGGUUCUCCGCGAAAGCGGCAAGACUCUCUCGAGAAAAGCUCGAUCGCGCCCCGAAUCCGCGCGAGCUUCCAUGAAAAACUCGCCUAACGUUUCCCCUGGCCACUCUCAGAUCAACUCGCCUGCACACUCACGCGCCGGCAGCCGCUAUGCCUCUGAGGAAGAAGGCAGCGACGACGAGUAUGACGACAACAUGACCAUGAGCACCAUCUCCAACGGAUCAGAAACCGCGCUGGACGACGCCUCCGAAGCGUCGUGGGCCCAACUUCUCCAGGACCGCAUUGUCGAGCUGCAAGAUCGGAAGCGAACGAAUACCAAGACGCGCGAGACAACGCUCAUGUCGUAUCUCCACCUUGUCAAGCACCACUACAGCGGCCGUCAAAUCACCAGCUCGUUGACCGAAGUCGUCACGGCGUUGAUGAAGAACAUCAGAUCCGGAGGCAGCUCUCUCGAACGCCUCAUGUCACUGAAAUCACUUGCGGCUACGCUACUAAACGUUCCCUCAGACGCCCUCUUCGACGACAUAUACCCACAACUCGAGAAGACCCUGGAGGAUGACGACGACAAUGAUGUCAAGGCCGCUGCCAUUUGGGCCAUGGCAGUCACAGCGAUGUACGGCGGCGGCGGCGAAGACGCCGCGAGCGAACUCCUUGAAUACCUCGUCACCAUUGUAGAGAGUGACGGAGAGGCCGUCGGAGCAGCAGACAACGGUGACGUCGUCACGUCCGCGCUCGAGGCCUGGGCCUUCGUUGCGAGCCAAAUGGACGACAUUAGCGAGAACGUCUACUCGGCCAUCGACGCUUUCGUGGACCAGCUCGACAGCACAGACGUCGAGGUCCAGGCGAGCGCCGGUUUCAACAUCGCCUUCAUCUUCGAGGCCGCGCGCGACCAAGAAGAGGAGACGGGCGAGCCGAUGAACCUGCAGUACGACCCAAAGAAGCUUGUUGCCCGCAUGGCCGAGGCGUCCAAGCCAUCGGUGAAGCAGACGGCACGGAGAGAUAGGAGACAUCUGCGUAAGCAGUUCGCCAGCAUCGUGUCUUCGCUCGAGCACGGAAAGGGGCCCGGAUUCUCCAGCGCCGGGCGUCCAGCCUUCAACCCCCACACCGGUGGCACCAAGGCCGACCCUCGAUCAGCCCCCCGAGGCGAGGAUGACAACGACAUGCGUGGCUUUGGGUAUCGCGAGAAGCUGCGCCUCGGUUCUUCCGUGGUGCUGAUCGACUCGUGGUCUCUCAUGGCUCGUGUCGAGGCGGCGAGAACCAUCUUGGGAGGGGGCCUCCCCACUCACUUCAACGAUAACCCCACCGUGGCAGACCUACUUGGCGGUGCCGAGACGGAAGAGCCAUCGGGACAGGGUUACUCACUGCACCCUAGAGAUGCUAAGAAGAUGAGGAGAUAG